AUGCUGAAUCUCAUCACUGUAGGCGUGUGGGCCAUUCAGGGCAUCGUGGCCAUCGUUGUCCUGGGGCUAUCUGUCGACCUUGUCAAGGGUCAGAUGAUUGGCGACGCCCCGACAACUACAAAGCAUGGGACAUUUACCGGCGGCUUCGGGCUGGCAGUGGCUAUCAUGGGCUUUGCAUCUGCGUUCAUCGAUGCCAUUCCAGCUCUCGCUGUCAUGGCUGCCGAUGCUCUCUGUGGACUUUUGUUACUCGGCGGUGGCAUUAAACGCUCUAUGGCAAGUCUAAUUAAUGGGGGAACCGUUAAAGUAGGGGAAGUUAACGCGCAUCACAAAGACUUGACAUAUUCCCGACUCUUGGACAACUGCAGGAAGGCCACAGCUGAUCAGGCCAUGCAUUUUGUGACGUUCGGUUUUGCAGUAGCCACCGUAUUCCUGGUUUUCCUAGUUUGGAGGAACGGUCGUGGCAGUCGGAGUGGCAGCCAUGUCUAA